AGUCGAAAUUUGUACGCCUAACUGUUCGUACGCGCGAAACUUUCGUAUUGGAUAAUACUCUAAAUAACAACCAUACUACAACUCGUUUUAUUUCGAAAUUUUUCGGUUAUAGAAAAAAAGGAUACAAAAAUAAAUAUAUACCGAAACAACGAUUUAUGGUUAUGAAUUUCGGGGGUUUGAUAUAAACAAAAGGAUAUAAAAUGUAUAGCUAUCUAUAUAACAACAAAUCGUUAGAGUAGUCCUCUUAUAGGGAAUUAGAAAAAUACAAACAAAAAAUAAAAACGAAUGGAUACCUAAAUAAUCCUUUCGAUUAUCAAAAACAAUAACAAACCCGGAUAAAGGACCUUUUUUAAGUAAAAAAAAAAUAUUAAGAGUGUUCAGCAACAACAAAAUAAAAAAAAAGAAGAAAACAGUUUUAUUAUGAAUUCCCAUUCAAUUAAAACCGAUUUAUGUCUUUGUUUUGCGAUCGGAUAUCUGGCAAUUUCAAUCGACAACGACGAAUUCCAUGCAUAGCUUCCGGUCUGUUAGGUACAUAUUUUAUUUUUAAUAAGUGGUUUUGUCUUCUUCUGUUUUCUGAUUUAAAUUUGGUAUACAAAUAAAAUUAAAAAAAUUAAAAAGAUUAAGAAAAAUUAUAUAUCCAUUGUCCGGUCCCUGAUGUGCAAUAUAAUGUGAAGUGAAAACUAAAAUAUCUUGCAAAUCCAUAAAAAUAAAAUAAAAGUAUUUUGUUCUAAAUUGAAAAAGCAAAGAAAAUAAUGUGCAAACAAAAUGAAAGGAUAAUCAGAAAAAAAUAUCCUCAUUCUAAUGAAUUCUAUCUUCACAUAUCAUCACCAUCUGAGUUCAAAACACAAACGGAUAAUAAAUUCUCUUCCACUACCACUACCGCUACCACUACCACCACUAGCUCUAGCAUCAGCUUCAGCACCAGUACCAGCACCACAGCCACUACCGCCAGUCAUCAUCAGCUUCAGCUCCACCACUAUUCUCAUUCCAGCAACUGCCACCUCCACCAAUCAAGAGAAACGACUCGGACUCAAACUCGAACUCGAACUCGGCCACAUCAUCAGCAGUCCUCCUGUUCCGGCUCAUCAUCGUCAUCGUCGUCGUCGUCGUCGUCAUCGUCAUCAUUUCACUAUCACAGCACAUAUCAUAAAAUUAUGGGCUGUGACCACUGGCAUAUCAUCCACUUGAUUAUCCUUUUAAUUGAUUUGGCCAAUGGGAUUACAAUGACCGAGUUGAAAAUACCAAAUCACAUUAUGCGUUUUAAGACAGCGGUCCUUGGCUGUCGUUACAGUUUGGAUGGAGAAGCAUUGUAUUCGGUGAAAUGGUACAAGGACGGGCAUGAAUUCUAUCGAUACUUGCCUAGGGAUUCACCGCCAGGACAGGCAUUUCCAUUACCCGGUGUGAAUAUUGAUCUCCGCAAUUCAUCCGACACAAUUGUAACCCUUCGCCGCGUAACGCUCGCUUCAACUGGCCUCUAUAGAUGUGAAGUUUCAGGAGAAGCGCCAGCAUUCAAUACAGUUUCUGAAUCAGAAAAGAUGACCGUUGUCAUGACUCCAAAUCAUGGCCCAAAAAUCACUGGAGGACAACCUCGAUAUCAAAUUGGGGAUGUUGUUCGGGUAAAUUGCACAUCGGCACCAUCAAAGCCAGUUUGUCAUUUAAGUUGGCUUAUAAACGGUGAGCCGGCAAAUCAAUCGCACCUCAAAAAAUAUGACAAUAUUAUUGUGGGGAGGGAGGGCCUUGAAGUUGCUAGACUUGGCCUUGAAUUCAGGGUCAGAGGAUUCCAUUUCAAAAAUGGGGACAUGAAAUUGAAAUGUGUGGCAAAAAUCUCGUCACUUUAUUGGCAAAGCAAUGAAGAGAGUGUUGAAAGUGACAAACAACAGAGGGCUCCAGCGCUGGAGUCACGUGAAACAGUAGCAGCUAAAUCUCAAGUUCAUGGAGCAUCAGCGGCGACAGAGAGUCAAAGUAUACAUUGGAUAAGUACAACAAUAUUAGCCCUUGCAUCAAUAAAGUCCCUCCUAACAUAUAUAAGUUAUUUUAGGUAACUAUUACCUGUUUAUUAAAAAGAAAAUAAAGUUAAAAAAAAAACAGAUAAAAAACAACUCUAACGCACUGAAAAAAUGAACUAAAAACCCAUAUUAUUCAAAUUGCCAAAUGUAAAGUCCUAAAUUCUUUUUCAAAAAACUAAAAUUAAUAUUUCAAAUAACCAUAAAAACAUCAAAACUUUUGAAACUUUUUAUGUAAAAAGAUUUUUCAUUUUUAUCAAAAAUUUAAAAAAUAGCUUUAAGAUGAAAUCUUUGUAAAAGUUCAUAAAUAUUUUUUUUUUAAUUAACAGUGUGCAUAAAUUAAUAU